AUGGCUUCGGAAGCGGCGGUUGCCCUGACAACGAAUAAACAAUCCCCCGGCAAGAUCAACGAGCUUGCUAUAUUCACGGAAACAACCAAGCGGUCCACGAGACCCAACCAAAUAAAAGAACUCCCCCAAAGCAGUAACGACAGGAGCGCCAGCAAAUUAUGGAAGAAAGAACCCCACGGCCAAACCUCCAAUCUCCGGGCUGUCCGCGCUCCGAAUCCUGCCACUCCGAGGUUCUUCCUUCUAAACGGGGGCACGCGGCACCAAAUCCUCUGCGGGAAAUCCACGUGUACAGGGGUGCGCCGAAUAGGAAGAUUGCCCUGCGCUAAAGGAGAACCUCGUCGCCGACGCUGCGACGACCGAGCUCCUAGGCUGCCGCACCAGCCGGAGAAACCAAAGCAAGUUCAACUCUACGUGAGUUGA